CGGUGCAUCGAAUCAAAGGCUUCAGGCUUCGCCAUGAAUGUCCAGUGUGUGGCGCCAUACUCGCUCCGGGUGGCAGAUUACUUUUGUUGACGGAAGUUCCCACGGAAGAAGAGAGGAGCAGCAAUGGUGCGGGUGAAGAGGAGGUAUUUACUGUGUGAAGUCAACGUGUCGAAGCGGAGCCACCUGUUGCAGCUGGAUGACCGAGCUGUGGCGGCGGCUGUGCGGGCAGCAGUGGCCCGCACACACGGAGACUAUGGAGCAGCUCAUUGCCUCGUCGGCUUCUCUGUGAAAUAUCUGAACGCUCAUACUGGAAUGGUAUUUCUACGUUUCCCCAAAAAGUGUUACAAGCUCCUCUGGUCUGCAUUGCCUUUUAUAACAAGUAUUGAAGUUCGUGGCCAGAACAUUCCAUGUUUUCUAAACUGUGUGCAUGUGGGAGGAACAAUUAGGACAUGUCAGAAGUUUCUGAUCCGAUACAACACCCAACAGCUCCACAGAAUGCUCCCUAAAUGUAAAGAUGAAGAGGAAAAACAACAGGUUCGUGAAGCAAUUCUUCAAUGCUCCCUACCAGGAGGAAAGAAGGAGGCAUUUGAAGACAAGUUAGAGAGUGACGAAGAUGAAGAAGAGUGACAUCACAGCAUUCAGUCAAAGAUGGCAGCUAUGUAGUUCUUCCUAGAUGACUGGCUCUGAAUAUUUUUAUACAGAACUAACAGGAGGGAAGAAAUGCAACUGUGGAAACAUGGUUUACUGCUGCUCUUCAGUGAGUUUUUACCUAAUGAAAACUGACUGUCUUCAACAGAGGAACACGUUAAGUUAUGUUUGUCACAUAGAAAAUGUGGGUUUGCAGGUUGGCUGAUGGUCGGCAUGAAUAUCAUUUCACAGCAAGGUCUUAUUUAAUGCUACGUCAAUACUAUUACAUUUUUGUUUUAAAACAAAAAUGAUCAACAUCCACACACUAGCGUUUUAACUAAGUUUAAAACAAAACGUUGUAGUGUGAAUGUAGCCUAAUGCUGACACUGAAUUUGCAUCUAUUUAUUUUGGAUAAGGCUAACUUUAAAUUAUUAGAUUUGCAUCGCAAAAUAAGACCAUGAUGGAAUUCUGAAGAAACUAUUUAGAAGACACUUUUUAGGGUUCAAUGAAUUUGUUUUGUAUUUUUUACUGUAUUUUGUUUAAAAAAAAAAAUCAUAACAUUGUUGGUAUACAGUUUGUAAACAUUUUAGGAACGAUGCACAGAUGAAUACAUGUUGCUGAUAUUAGCAGAUAUUGCAUUACCUUUCAUAGUAAUGGCAUGAUUGGGUCAGUAUGGUGUCAUACCUUUUCUUUUACACCACAGUCAAACAUUUAACAACAAUAUUUCCAGUAAACUAAUUUAACAACCUUAAAACCUUAACACUGACCCUAGUUUGUACCAUAGACUGUAUAUAAAUUGUAUUUAUAGUUAGUUCAUUUAUAGUCAAUUCAUUUUCAGUCUUGUCAAUAGCAAACAAAGGUUCAGAGAUGUAUUGCUUAGGCAUGUGCAUGCACAGUGGAGGUAUGACACAUAAAUGAUCUGCCUCAGAUUUGGAAAAUGUUUGUCAUUUGCUGUCCAUAAAGAAGAGUUUAAAACCACAACCUUCUCUCAGGAGCUAAAAUGAGUUUUUAAACGUAAAAAUAAAUAUCGUGAUGAUCAUC